GCCCGGGCUGGAGCCGUCAAAGCCGCUUGGCUCUUAGUGGAGGGAGGAUCGCGGAGAAGAAGGGAAAGGAAGGCAGGGAGGCGCUUUCUGAGCGGAUUUAUUUCACACACGGAGACGUUUCCGACUCCCCUUUUUGGCCAACCCGGCUUUGGGACGCCUUUUUGAAAAACACCCGGCUCCGUCUACACACAUUGUUGGGACUCUACAACCGAUGUGAGCGCUCCGAAGCGGGACUUUCUCCGCCUGGGAUUGGUUUUGAGUUUUUGUGGCAUCUGUUUCUCGAGCCCGAUCCGCUCUGCUGGCCGGGAUUUGGGAGGAACCGGCACCGUCGUCAUCAUCCGCCGCCACGAUGCCCCUCACUGGGCCGAGUUUUCCGAGCCGGACUUACGAUUAUGAUUAUGACUCGGUCCAGCCCUACUUCUACUUUGAGGACGAGGAGGAGAACUUCUACCUGUCGGCCCACAACCGGGGCUGCGAGCUCCAGCCGCCGGCCCCUUCGGAGGACAUCUGGAAGAAGUUCGAGCUGCUGCCCACCCCUCCCCUGUCGCCCAGCCGCCGUGGGGGCUGCUAUUACCCCUCCGGCGCUGACCAGCUGGAGAUGGUGACCGAGCUCCUGGGCAGUGACGCAGUCAACCAGAGCUUCAUCUGCGACCCGGAUGACGACGCCUUCGUCAAGUCCAUCAUCAUCCAGGACUGCAUGUGGAGUGGCGUCUCGGCAGCUGCCAAGCUCCAGAAGGUGGUCUCCGAGAAGCUGGCUUCCUACCAAGCUGCGCGGAGGGAUGGCGGCAUCAAUGCAACACACAGCAGGGGUGGCAGCACCGGCAGCACAUCGCCCACAUCGCCACAGGCAUCCCCAUCAUCCACCGCCUCCUCCUGCUCGUCUUCCUCAGCCUCAUCUUCGCCCACUUACCUGCAAGACCUGGGCGCCUCUGCCGCGGACUGCAUUGACCCCUCUGUGGUCUUCCCUUACCCUCUGGCAGAGAAGACCCCCAAAAUCGAAGAGGAGGAAGAGGCUAUCUCCCCAGAGGUCCACCCGGGGACACUCUUGGACACGCCACCCAACACCAGCAGUGACUCUGAAGAGGAGGAGGAGCAAGAAGAGGAGGAAGAGGAAAUUGAUGUGGUGACCGUAGAGAAGAGGCAGCCCGCGGCGAAGAGGUCUGAGUCCAGCACGCACUCAUCCCGGGGGCACAGUAAGCACCACCACAGCCCCCUGGUCCUCAAGCGCUGCCACGUCCCCAUCCACCAGCACAACUACGCCGCCCCUCCCUCGACCCGCGUCGAGUAUUCGGCAGCCAAGCGGCUAAAGUUGGACAGUGGCCGGGUCCUCAAGCAGAUCAGCAACAACCGCAAAUGCUCCAGCCCCCGCACCUCGGACUCUGAGGAAAACGACAAGCGGCGGACGCACAACGUCCUGGAGCGCCAGCGGCGGAAUGAGCUCAAGCUGAGCUUCUUUGCUUUGCGGGACCAGAUCCCCGAGGUGGCCAACAACGAAAAGGCGCCCAAGGUAGUCAUCCUGAAAAAGGCCACCGAAUACGUCCUCUCCAUCCAGGAGGACGAACACAAACUCUUAGCGGAGAAGGAGCAGCUGAGGCGGCGGCAGGAGCAGCUGAAAAACAAACUUCAGCAGCUAAGGAACUCUUGUGUUUGAAAGGAAGGAAGCAAAAGAAAGUCUAUAAUAAACGUUUCACGGGGUGGGAAAAGGCAGAUGUAGACUUUGGAAAGAGAUGCCAUCGAGACAAAGAAAAUGAGACUGUUCCUUUAAAGAAAGAAAGAAAAGGACUGAUGGAUUCAGCCAUGUAUGAACUAUGGAACUCUUUCCAGUUGCAUGCUCAGAAAACUACACAACCUUGUCCAGAACCUCAGAAAAACUGCCUCCGAACUUUUAAAAAAACUUUGGGCAGAAAUCUUGUUCAAUGCUUGGGCAAUGAACCUUUUUUUCACUUUAUCUUUUUUUUUUUUUUGGUUAUUUAAAGCAUUUUUUUCUUAAGACAAUUUACAAAUAAAGAAAAACAUUGCUCCCAGAUCCUCCUGUAAAUAUAUUUACAGUCUAAUAAUAUGUACAUAACUUUAAUAAAAAUCUUUAUAUAGAAAAUUUUACAAAAAUUCAACAAAAAAUUCCUUUUAGGUUGUGGCAACUGGACUUAUAAUUAUUCUUGUGCCAUAACAUUUCACAUUUUUAUUUAAAAGCUUUUUUUCUUUUUCUUUUUUAAAUACAAAUGAUUUUAUUUUCAUUUUAUAUAUAAAUAAACUAUUUGCCCAAAAUUGUAA